CAGCCGUGCACUCCUCCAUUUUCUCUCUUUCCUGGAAAGCUGCCGUAUCAUCCUUCCCUUCACCCUACAUUUCCUCUUGGAGAAUAUGAAGUCUUGAGAAGAUGUGAGAGGAAGAGAAGAAACCAUCAUCAUAUCAGCUCUCAGCCAUACUGUCACAUAUAAAGACUGUCUUCUAACUUUAUUUCCCCCCAUUAUAUAUCAUUUUGUUGUUUCUUUUAUCCCUUUUUACUUUAAUCUUGAAGAUCUGUCCUGCCUCCUGUAAACCACCUAUUACUCUCCCUCUAACCUUCCCCAGGUUGUUUCUCUGUGCCUUGCAUUCUCCAACUGGUAGCAUGUCUACCCCGGUCUCCCCCUCGCUCUCUCCCCUGGCCCUGUCCUCCCCAUCUCCCUCCUCCUCCCCGCUCCCCUCUCCCCUCUCUCCUCCACCCAUGCUGCCUGUCUUCCAGAGGAAAGGAGCACUUAAACACAAGAGGGUCAUCGAAGUGAAGGACCACCAGUUCACCACCCGGUUCUUUAAGCAGCCCACUUUCUGCAGCCACUGCACUGACUUUAUCUGGGGAAUUGGAAAGCAAGGAUUCCAAUGUCAAGUCUGCAGUUUUGUGGUACACAAACGAUGUCAUGAGUUCGUCACUUUUACUUGUCCUGGAGCUAUUGCUGCCCCUAAAGCAGAGGACCUCAAGAGUAAACACAAGUUUAAGGUGCACACAUACUCCAGUCCCACCUUCUGUGAUCACUGUGGAUCUCUACUCUACGGCCUCAUUCAUCAGGGCAUGAAAUGUGUCAGUUGUGACAGGAACAUACACAAGCGAUGUGAGAGCAGUGUCCCCAGCCUGUGUGGUCAAGACCACACUGAGAAAAGAGGACGGAUUCACCUGACCGUGCGUGGAGAGAAGGAGGACAUAUAUGUUACUGUGCAUGAAGCACAUAACCUCAUCCCCAUGGACCCUAACGGCCUGUCGGACCCUUACGUGAAGCUCAAACUCAUCCCUGAUCCAAAGAGCCAGAGCAAACAGAAAACCAAAACCAUCCGUUUUACACUCAACCCUAUCUGGAACGAGAGUUUCACCUUUUCAGUGCGUGGGAGGCAGUGGGACAGACGUUUGUCUGUAGAGGUCUGGGACUGGGAUCGUACCUCACGAAAUGACUUCCUGGGUGCUCUGUCGUUCGGAGUUUGUGAGAUAUUCAGAUGCUCUGUCAGCGGCUGGUUCAAGCUACUUAACCAGGAUGAGGGAGAGUAUUAUAACAUCCCUGUACCUGACCCAGACCUGCAGGUGCCAGAUGCUGCUCUUUCACCCUCUGUUUUUCCUGAUCCUGUUACCGUGACAACACCCGUUCCUACUGUGAACCCGCCUGCUCUGAGCCCGACUCCCUCUGUACUGCAGACGAGCAAAGGCCGAGCCGGACUGCAUGACUUCAACUUCCUCGUGGUUCUAGGCAAAGGGAGUUUUGGCAAGGUCUUAUUGGCAGAGGAGAGGGGGAGCGAGCGCCUGUUUGCGGUGAAGGUGUUGAAGAAAGAUGUACUGUUUCAGGAUGAGGACACAGAGAGCGCCAUGGUGGAGAGAAGAGUGCUGGGCCUAACAGGACGCCCUCACUUCCUGACCUCUCUGUACUUCGCCUUUCAGACUGAGGAUCAUCUGUAUUAUGUCAUGGAGUAUGUGAAUGGUGGUGAUCUUAUGUUUCACAUCCAAAUUGUGGGGAAGUUUAACGAACCGCAUGCAGCGUUCUAUGCUGCUGAGAUAGCAGUGGGUCUUUUCUUCCUGCACAACAAUGGUGUCAUAUACAGAGAUUUAAAGCUGGACAAUGUCCUGCUGGAUAGCGAAGGACACAUCAAGAUCGCAGACUUUGGGAUGUGUAGGGAAGGCGUGAUGGAGGGGGAAACCACCCACACCUUCUGUGGCACACCUGAUUACAUCGCACCUGAGAUUGUGGCGUAUCAGCCAUAUGGUAAAGCAGUAGACUGGUGGUCAUAUGGAGUUCUCCUCUACGAGAUGCUGGCUGGGCAGCCUCCUUUUGAUGGGAUGGAUGAGGAGGAGCUGUUUCAGUCCAUCAUGGAACAGAGCAUUUCAUAUCCAAAGAGUCUCUCUCGGGAGGCUGUGGCCAUCUGCAAAGGGCUCAUGACUAAGAACCCUGCUAAGCGUUUAGGUGGAGGACAGGAUGCUGAGAGAGAGUUACGGGAGCAUACUUUCUUCCGCUGGAUAGACUGGGACAAGCUGGAGAGACUUGAGCUACAGCCUCCCUUCACACCCAGAAGUAUGAGCUCUUGCAGCAGCAGGGCUCUGACUCUGCUCUCCACAGUGUUUGGGGCUUGUGGACUGCUGUUGGUGGGGGUUGCCGUGGCGACGGAUUAUUGGCUGCUGAUGGAGGAGGGCAUCGUACUGCAGCAGAACCAAACAAUCGACAUCAAGAUGGCAUUGCACUCUGGCCUCUGGAGAGUGUGUUUCAUUGCAGGUUCAGAGAAAGGUAGAUGUGUCGCCUCUGAGUAUUUUACAGAACCAGAGAUUGAAAUUACUACAGAAAACACAGCAAAUAUCCUAAAGAUGGUGAGGACAGCUACGCCCUUCCCUAUGGUGUCUCUUCUCUUCGUGUUCAUGGCCUUCAUCAUCAGUAACGUGGGCCACAUCCGUCCCCAGCGCACCAUCCUGGCCUUCAUUUCUGGAAUCUUCUUCAUCCUCUCAGGGCUGAGUCUGGUAGUUGGGUUGGUGUUGUAUAUCUCCAGCAUUAAUGAUGAAGUAAUGAACAGGCCGCGGGAGCCAGAGCAGUUCUUCAACUACCGAUAUGGCUGGUCCUUUGCAUUUGCUGCCAGCUCUUUCCUGCUCAAAGAGGGUGCCGGUGUGAUGUCUGUCUAUCUCUUUAUGAAGCGUUAUGCAGAAGAGGAGGUGUACCGUCCUCACCCAGCUGUCUAUCGCCCCCGCCAUUCUGAGGGCAGUGAUUACAGUGGCCAGUACCUGCACCCAGAGACCUGGCCUACCCCCCAGCGUGCACGGAGUGCCUCUGAGAUCUCCAGCGACAUCUCCAUCCAGCUCACUCAGAACCUCCAGCCCCCACCAAAGUCCAUUGUCCAACAGAGCACAUCAUCUCCGGGAAUCACUGCUGCUUCCAGCCCCAACUCUAGAGCUGGCUACCAGCUGUCAUCGGCAGGUUCUGCUGCCCCAUUCCACCACAACCAUCCUCUCCACCCUGGGGCACCUGAAACAUCUGCAACAUCCCAGUCCCUGCCUCUGUCCACGUCACCCGCUGCAGUGCCACCCCCACACUAUCACACACACAUGCGCAUGAGCGCCUCUCCAUGCUAAAGGAGAAGAGAAAGUUCAGAGAGUUUUCUGAUUGUUUCUAACUGAGGAAAUUGUGUAGUUUUUUAUGAUAAAAGGAAGAUGAAAAAAUUAUGUUUGUAACAAAAGGCCUCUUUUUAAGAUUGAACUUUGUUGUGAAAUUGUAGCAUAUUAAACAGCACAUGUAUCUAAUGGAGGUUAUUGCACAACGCAAAACACUUUGAUAAUCUCACACACCACAACUUAUUUAUACUUAGGCUUACAUGUAGAGCACAUAAAAGAAAUGUAACUAUUGCCUUUACUUCUAAAGAUACUGAAGUUUUUCUUGAACUCAAGCUAUUAUUUCUCAUCAUGGAAGUGUUAGUUUUAGUAUUUAUAUUAUCAUCAAAAGCUAAAGUGAGUAUUACUUAUAUGAUAUGGACAGACAGGGUAUGGGCAAAUUUAAAAUGAUCAGCAUAUUGUUUGCAUUUUGAAUAACAGAGAUUCAUAAGUGAGUCAUAAGCCUAUGAAUUUUAAUUUCUGGUGUAAAUGUUG